AUGUUCGCCUUUCUUGGUGUGUUUUAUCUUACUAUCACUUUUCUUCCACAUGAAUCAAUUCAACAACAACCAUUACCAUACGCAUUGGGUUAUCGAUCAUCAUUUAGGUUUCACCAACCUUCUACCAUUAAUCUUCUUCUUUCGGCACCACAUGGUGGUAAUGUAAUGCCUUCUGAUGUAUCAAAUCGAACAAUAGGUGGUUGUCUUCGUACGUCAGGCCCAAAUGCUGGUAAUUGUACAUGGCUUUACAAUGAUGCCUGUGUUGAUGGCACACGUUGUAAUGCAACAACUGCCAAAGACGAUAAAAGUGAUGAAUUUGCUGAAAAUGUAGCAAAUGAAUUGAAUAAAACAUGGGGAUAUAAACCAUCAGUUAUUAUUGCUAAUUGGAGUCGUAAAAAGGUUGAUUUUAAUCGAGAAAUUAACGAAGCAACAUUCAACCAUUCCGAAGCCAUAGCUGCUUAUCAAGGUUAUCAUUCGUUUAUCGAUCAAGCUGUUGAUCAAAUUAAUGCAAAUUCUGGUACAGGUCUUCUGAUUGAUAUUCAUGGUCACGGAGAUGGAGAUUAUACCAUGGUUGGUUAUCUUUUGAGUGGUGCAAAACUUAAUCGAAGCAAUCUUAAUGUACUAUCAGUAACAACAUCGAUCGAUCGAUUGUGUGGAUCUGAUCGAAACGAAUGUAUUCGUGGACAAUCUUCGUUUGGUACAGCACUUGAGCUUAAUGGGCUUGGUGUUGUAUAUCCAUCGUUGGCACAUCCACAACCUGGCGCUAUUGAUUUUCUUUCCGGUGGCUUUAUAACAAGUAACUAUAUUGCGAGAAUUAAUGCUCUUCAAACUGAAUUACCUAAUUGGAUGCGUACAGCAACAAAUCGAGUCGAAAACGCAAGAAAAUAUGCACAAGCUAUUAUUGAUUAUAUGCAAGCAAACGAUUUAUUAAGAACUUCUACUGGUAGUUAA